UGUGCUCUGGGGUAAAGAUGGCGACGUCUCUUAUCUGUGGCAGGGUCUCGGUGGGGCUGAGGAAUUCCGGGUCCAGGAAGGCGAUCAGUGCCACAGCCAAGGUGCUUGGUGGAGCUUCUGGAUUAUUUGCUAGUCAUGGAUUCCAACAACUCCAGCAGCAGCAGCAGCAGCAGCAGAGGGCACUCUCCCUGCAUGAAUACAUGAGCAUUGGGCUGCUGAAAGAAUCGGGUAUCUCUGUACCCAAGGGAGUGGUGGCAAGCUCCACUGAAGAAGCCUAUUUAGUUGCCAAAGAGAUAGGUUCCAAGGAUCUGGUAGUGAAGGCACAAGUCUUGGCUGGUGGCAGAGGAAAAGGCACGUUCGAAGGAGGCUUGAAGGGAGGAGUCAAGAUUGUUUUCUCCCCUGAAGAAGCCAGAGAUGUUUCCGCCAAAAUGAUUGGGAAGAAGUUAUUUACAAAGCAGACAGGGGAGAAGGGCAGAAUAUGCAACCAGGUGUUUAUCUGUGAGCGCAGGUACCCGAGGCGGGAGUACUACUUUGCAAUCACAAUGGAAAGGUCCUAUCAAGGCCCAGUUUUAAUAGGAAGCUCUCAGGGGGGUGUCAAUAUAGAAGACGUAGCUGCAGAAAAUCCUGACGCCAUCAUCAAGGAACCAGUUGAUAUUGUUGAAGGCAUCAAGAUGGAACAAGCUGUCAAGGUCGCAAAAAAAAUGGGAUUCCCGCCUAACUUGAUCAACGAGGCUGCAGAAAACAUGAUCAAGCUGUACAAUUUAUUCCUGAAGUACGACGCUUCCAUGUUGGAGAUCAACCCCAUGGUGGAAGACUCUUCUGGAAGCGUGAUGUGCAUGGAUGCCAAGUUAAACUUUGAUUCCAACGCAGAGUAUCGUCAGAAGAAAAUCUUUGCCCUGCGGGACUGGAGCCAAGAAGACGAGCGAGACAGGCAGGCAGCCAAAUCUGAUCUCAACUACAUUGGCCUGGAUGGAGACAUUGGUUGCCUAGUUAAUGGGGCCGGCUUAGCAAUGGCCACAAUGGAUAUCAUCAAACUUCACGGAGGGACUCCUGCCAAUUUCUUGGAUGUUGGAGGUGGUGCCACUGCACAGCAAGUCACAGAUGCAUUUAAACUAAUCACUUCGGACAAAAAGGUGCUGGCCAUAUUGGUGAAUAUCUUUGGAGGUAUCAUGCGCUGUGAUGUCAUUGCACAAGGUAUUAUUAUGGCAGUCACGGAUCUGGAGCUGAAGAUUCCUAUUGUGGUCCGAUUACAAGGAACACGAGUUGAUGAUGCAAAAGCUCUGAUAGCUGCCAGUAGCCUCAAGAUCCUGGCCUGUGAUGACUUGGAUGAAGCUGCAAAAAUGGUUGUCAGGCUUUCAGAAAUCGUAUCGCUGGCAAAAGAAGCUCAAGUGGAUGUGAAAUUCCAGCUGCCAAUCUAAUAAAGAAGAGCUGUGGUUCAGAAGCUUAUUCUUCACAAUACUGUUGGUUUCUUUUCUUUUAUUUUUUGUUUGCAUUUGUUUGGUGGCAUGAGCUCAACUGUAUUAACUGUUACACAGGACCUGUGCAAAAACAUGCAGACUUUUAGUAAACACACGUGAUGUUUUGCUCUAGUAUCCCUGCAGGAUGCAUUUCCCUCUCGUUAAUUAACAUAGGCUUCCAAGGCAGUAAGAUCCAUCCAUCCAUCCAUCGAUGUAUCCAGUUCUAUUGUUUUAAAUACGUAGCUUUUCAUUAAGCUGUCUGUCGUGUCUUGAGAUAUUACUAGUCAAGAUUGGUUUUUAGUGUUGAUUUACUCCUGAAGGGAAAAAAUGUUAACAUUUUAGCCUUCGCUUAAAAGAACCAGCUACAUCUCUUUUGCUAUAAACCUUGAUUUACCCAUAUCGACGGAAGGAGAAGAUAUUUAUUAAAAUGCACUAUGUUCAAUCUUCUGUCGAUUUUCGAGGUUCUCCCUUUUGUUACACAAUCCUAUACCAGUCUACUCCUACGCUAGAAACUUUCAAAUUCAUUCACCACUGAGAAUCAUGCUCAUAUCAGUGCUAGUGAUUUCUGACAUGUGGUGAAAUUUUCUUGACAGUGGACUUGAAUGUGCGCUUUGUGAAAGGAUGAAUACAAAGUUAACUGUGAUCCUUUUUCUUCAGACCAUUAAUGUGACUUCCACCUGAACAAAGGCCUGCUGUAAUGUAGAUUGUCCUUGUGUUUGAUUUAAAUACCUUGCUGGGUUUAAGGGUGUGACUCAGUUCAGAAGAUCCAGUUGGAAUAAUUUCAUUCUGGAUGCACAUGCAGGUGUGGUUGGGAAUUUCUUAGUAGGGUUUUCAUAACCUUUUUGUGUGUGCUAUUGAUUUCCAAAGAACUAUGUUUUCCCUUUUACCCUGGAUGUAAAAAUCACUGUAAAUUCAGGAGUGUCCAGUUUUAAAGGGUAAACACUUGGCGUGUGUCGAUUACUCAUAUUUUCUAAAUAAUUGCUAAUUAAAUGGAGUAAAACAUGUCAGUUACUCAACACAAAACAAGGCAGACCCCCCGUUUCCCUCUUUAACACAAUUAUUGAGUAUCAAUCAAUAAUAAUCUGUUUAAUAUAGAACCUGUUAUAAUCAAACUAACUAAACUCAGUUAUAUUUUAUAUACGAUUGUCUUGCCUGCAGAAGUUAAUUACCAUUGAUUGGUACUCAAUUCUAAAGGGUAGAGAAGGGCAGCUUUAAGUGUUUUGAAAUCAACACAUUAAUAAAUAAGUGUUUUGAUUUAUUUAAUACCUGCUGACAAAUUCUUCUUGAAGGCAAUUACUCAGAAAAUGAGUAUCGGCACACAUCAGGUAAACGCUGGUUACAGUUUGCUGCAAGAACCCCAUGCUUUAGAACCCCUUGCUUUAGAACACGACAUUCAGCUCUUGAAAGUCAAUGAUUGGUUUACUGACGGUAAACUGAUUGAAAAUGGUCAUU